UGUGACAGUGACGCGCCUCUGAUCAUCAAGAGCAUAAUCUCUGGCACAACUGACGUCAAGCGGUCAUAUUAAUAACACAGAUCAUGCAACCAUGAAGCUGAAAUACCGUGAAUCAUACUGCUGAAAAUCACCAGCUUUUGUAAUUUUAGAGACAUUUUGUAAAUAAAGAAAUAUGUUUUAUUUCUGAGUGAAUCUAUCUUUAUUGAUGCUCAACUGCAGAUUGUGUAGUGCAUAGUAUUAAAAAUUAAAAAUGUAUUUGUUUAGAUCAUAUAGCCUUAGAUACAGUUUCUCAAGCUAAAAUAUUAAUUACAUUUUGUGUUCAUUGUCAUUCUAAAAGUAUAUUAAGACUGAUAUUGAAAUUUUUAACAACUGUUUAAUUUAUAUUUUUUGUGCACUUGCUCUUUUAGAUAAGCUAGUCUAGUUUUAUUUCACUAAUUCUUUAAGUUGAAGUCUCCUCUAUUGUACAUUGUAGAGCUAUAAAUGAACUUUAACUCUGAUUACAGUUAGAAGGAUUGCCAGACCUUUAAAACUUAUUUUACAGUUUACGUACAAAAUAUAAAUCAUAUAUCAAUUGUAUAAUUCGAUACUACUGUAUUAAAAAUUGUAUCAAAUACGUAUUAAUAUGUAUGUUUUAUUAUUGUCUUUUAUUUUACUGUCCAUAUAAAAUGAAUAAUACAAAUGUAUAAUACAGUUCUUAAAUAGGCUAUUAAAUUAGUAAUAAAAUAGUAACUAAAUGAUAUAAGGAUGUAAUAAAAAUACAUAAUUUAUUAAUAAAUAAUAAUAAUUUUUCUUAAGUAUAUAAUGUAUUAAUUAUCUGCUAAAUUAAUUGCUGGAUUGUGUGUGUGUGUGUGUGUGUGUACAUACUUUUUUUUUACCCAAAAGUGAGCAAAACUGGUAUAAAAAUAGAGUAAAUAUUUGUUUUAUUUAUUGUAAAAAUGCAGGAAGACUUCUAUGAGGAGUAAGGUUAGGGGUACGGGUGGUAUUAGAUUAAAACGUGUUUAACUAUAUGUAUAUAAAACAAUAGAAGUCUGUGUAAUGUGCCCAUGUAGAUAACUAAGUAAACGUGUGUGUGUUGAUUUGUUUUGCUGAAUGGGUCGCAACCUUUCUCAUAGAAGCAAAUACUCUGAGGGUAUUAGCCAAAUUAUUUAGAGGAUGUAGGUGGGGUUUGGGAAAUUCCAUGCUGUAGCAAGAGUUAUCAACACAAGAGAGCACUGUAGAGUCCUCACUUAGAGAGGAAUGAAUUUAAAUCUAGUCAUAGCAUAGGCUACUUCACACACCUGUGUGGUCAAGACUAGCGAGACAUGUCAGGUAAAAUAGACACGUCGACACUGCUCUUCGACGUCCCGCCGGUGCUGAUGGGGUCUUUCUGCAGACUGAUGGACAGCGGGAUCGACGGUCUGGGAUGGAGAGCUUUAGCUGCUCACAUCCUUCCCAGUCAGCUUGAAGUGAGAUGUACUGAAAUGUAUGUGGCUGCUGGGAAAAGUCCAACCCAAGAGCUCAUGUGGUUGUGGGCCCAGCAGAAUAAAACUGUAGGGGAUCUUUUGAAGGUUCUGGAUGAGAUGGGUCACACUAGAGCCAGGAGUCUUUUCCAAUCGCAAGACUCGUGCAAACUGAAGUCAUCCUCAGCCCCUCUGUUUGCCAAGUAUCUGCUAAACUCUGAAAAGUCCUGUCAAACUCCAGCUCUUUAUCCAGAGUCUGUGUCUGUUAAAGGUGAAAAACAGAAGUAUUUCAUCACAUUUUCGGAUGUCUUAGAGGGAACGAGACAUUUCCACCAGGACUUAAAAAUAGGAUCGAGCGUGUUCGCCGAGGUCUACUGCGGAAAAUGGGGAAACAGGUCUUUUGUGGCAAAAGUGUUCAAACAGGAAAACAAGGCUAAUUGGAAGGCGUUGUGGGAAAAAUUCACCAAAGAAAUUAAAGUUCUACAACUCUACCUCCAUCCUAAUAUCUUGGAGUUAUGGGGCAGCUUUUCAGAGGCAGAUCGCUUCUGUUUAGUUUAUCCAUACCUUCAUAACGGAUCAUUGUUCCACAGGCUUCAUGAGGAAGUUCAGAGGCCUCUAUCAUGGCAGGAAAGGCUGAACAUCAUCAAAGGCACCGCAAAGGCAGUCCACCAUCUACACACUGCACAACCGUGCAUGGUUAUUUGUGGAAACAUUACGAGUUCAAACAUAUUUUUGGAUGAGCACCUGCAGCCCAAAUUAUCCGAUUUUGGAUUAGCUCAUCUCAGACCACACUCUGUGGACCAGAGCUGCACUAUCGUCAUGGAUACAGCCUCACAUAGCAACCUUGGCUAUCUGCCAGAGGAGUACAUCCGUGAUGGCAAGCUAUCAGUCAAACUUGAUGUUUAUGGCUUUGGCAUGGUUAUACUAGAGACCUGUACAGGACAAAAGGUGAAACACGAGUCAGCAAAAAAUCUGUUUUUGAGAGAUGUACUGCAUUCCGAGUUUGAGGAAAAAAGCUCUGUGGAUGCCUGUCUGCGGUUUUUAGAUCCCAAAGUUGAGCAUUGGCCUACUGCGGUGGCACUUUGUCUGCUCCGAAUUGGACUGGAGUGCACAGGCAGCAAAAUGCGAAUCAGGCCGAGCAUGGAAAUGGUGCUUCAGAGACUAAACCUAAUCCUUCCCACACCUGCACAGCUUGAGGACCAGCCGAACACACUAGAUGAUACAUUCCCUCUUCAGCGAUCAUAUAAUGGCCUCAGUCAGCGUCUAAACGUGCCCAUUGAAUUUGAUGAAAUGUACAGCCCACUGGAGGAACCGCUACCUCCCAGAUUUCCCAGUCUGGCAGAACCCUGCGAGUGCAGCCAGUCUGAGGUUACUUUCUUGAGUGUUGGAGAUGCAAACUUGUCGCAUUCCAUCAGGGAAUGUCUUCAGGAAAAUGACAAAGUGGUUUCAGCAUCACAAAGUCUGCAGUCAGACUCUGCAGCUCGCUUGGACUUAUAUGGGAGCUGGCCUGUGGAGUGCAGCUGUAGCACUGGAACCGAAGUGCUGGAAUGUGAGGACUGCUGUGCAAAUGGCUUCAGUCAGUCUGUUUUAUGUGCCACACUAGAUGAUGAUGCCCAGCACUCUCAGAAUGGCAUCACAAAUCCAGCAAAAGAGAAAAUAAAGAAUAAAAUUCAUCUGUACAACCAGGGGUUUAUAAAAACUGAAGAACUUCUUUCGCUUAAAUCAGAGUGAAUCAGUAAGGUUGGACGUCUCUAUUAAAAAAAAGUAAAAAAUUCAGCAAUGGGUAAUGCUGGUGAUCAUUUUGUUUAAAUGUUUGUUGCUUCUUUUAAAAAUUAUUUGAAGAUAUGUUAACAGUAUUUUUACAUAAUACUUAUUCCCAAACCGAGUUUAUAAAAUAAAAAAGAUUAAAAGUGGGUGUGGGUGAUGUUACAUAAACAUUUUUCUAAAAGAAUAUUAAAAAGAAAAAAAAAAUUACGCAGACUUACAACUUCUGUCACUUUAAGAGGAUGGUAGUAAUUUAUAGUUGUCACGGUUUUACACUGCCUGAAGGACUACGGAGUCGAGGAUAAACGGAAUAAGGCUUUUAAUAUAUCCAACACAGGG